UACGUGUACACAACAACAGAGGGAGUGGACUCUCCAAAGAACCAACUCCAGCUGUACAACUCCAAGGCCGCCACCCAUCUCUCUCUCUCUCUCUCUGUGUAUCAAAAAUCUUCUUUUUCUGCAUCAAGAAUGGAGAGUGGGGGUGAAAACAGAAAGGGGUUGUGGACAGCAGAGGAGGAUAGAAUGCUACUGGAUUACAUAAGGGUGCACGGUAAAGGGAAGUGGAAUCGCAUCGCCAAAAUGUCAGGCUUGAAGAGGUGUGGCAAGAGUUGCAGAUUAAGGUGGAUAAAUUAUCUAAGCCCCAGUGUAAAGCGUGGUGAUUUCUCUGAGGAAGAAGAAGACCUCAUAAUUCGCCUCCAUAAACUCCUGGGAAACAGGUGGUCUUUGAUAGCUGGGAGGGUACCUGGGAGAACUGACAAUCAAGUUAAGAACCAUUGGAACACUCAUUUGAGCAAGAAGCUCGGGAUCAAGAAGGCAAAAAUCAAAGCCGGUGCUAAUUCUUUGCGGUCGCUCGCCGGAGAAAUACGGUCAAAUUCGGAGCCACCUUCCGACUGCAAUGGGGAGGUUGCAAGUGAGUUAAUAAUUGAAGAUGGCUCUCAUAGUGUCAUUGCAGAUGGCUCUCAAAGCGUAUUGAGGUUUAGUAGCACAGAAGAAGAAACUCUCGUAGAUCAAAACUAUGGGUGUUCUUUUUGGUUUUCUCACGAAGAUCUAAAUUUAUAUACCCCAGCUUAUUUAAUGGAGCCUCUAGAUGAAUAUGGUCUUGAUUUUGUUUGGGAUGGUAUGUAGACUUCCCUUCAUGUAGUGUCAAUAACUCCUUAAUAAAUGAUUUUUUUAAA